AUGGCGGAGGGAAAGACGGGCGUGACGUUCGACGAGGACUACAAGAUCCGCGUGCUGGACAGCGAGCAGUAUGACCAGAGCAAGGAGCUGCUCGCCGACUGCGAGUCCUUCUCCGAGCAGCUAGGACGGCUCGGCGAGACCGUGGGCGCCUACGUCAAGCACCUCGACGAACAACGCGCCAAAAUCGACCGCGAGAAGCUCCAGGCGGUCGGCCUGAGGAACCGCGUCGCUGCGCGCGAGGAGGACGUGCGGAAGAAGGAGGAGGACCUGCAGACCGCGAUCUCGGAGCGGCGCGUCGAGCUGGAGCGCGUGGCGGCGGAGGUGGAUGCUCUGGCGCGGCUGCAGCAGGAACAGGAGCUGCUGAUCGCGCAGCUGUCGUCCGCGCAGGAGUAG